CACACCUUCAUGAAGAGGAAGUGAAAACCCUUCGUCAUUUAGAUAUAAAUUAAUGUUAGGGACUCAUCAGAAGACCAAAUGAAGACCUAAAAUGGCAUCAGGGGGAUUUCCAGAUCCUGGUCGUCCUGGCGACGAUAGACCAGGAGACACACCUUUAAUUCCUGCACCUGAUUCUGCAUCGUCCGAUGAUCCCGAUAAUCAGACGUCACAAGAUUCUGAUCAGUCAUUUGACACCAGUUCUGGUCUAGAGACAUCCAGGGUACAUGUCGGGUCAUCCUUGAGCCCAGUGUUGAUGCCAGCCUCUAUUGACUGGAAACUGAAAGUGUUUCUGAUGAAUAUUGCAAGGAACAUUGAUGAGGAAGACUUGGAUGAUAUGAAAUUCCUGAUGAAAGGAGAGUGUGGAAUGGGUAAGAGAGCACUAUCAGAAAUAAAGACUGUCAAACAGUUCUUCAACCACAUGAUGGAAAUCGACUUUGUGAACAAUAAUAAUCUGUUACAACUACAGAACUUACUCUGGCAUUUAGGCAGGAAAGACUUGCACAUCAAGUUCGUAGAAUUUGCCAGAGACUACAAGACAAGCCCACUACACUUCUUUAUACCGAACCGUGAGCCAAGAAAUGGUUAUGUGUAUGCUGACUUCCAUAUUGGGGGAAGUCUGGAGACCACAUCGAGGCAGGAACUUGAAAUCCUACGAACAGAAAUAGCAGAACUGAUGUGUGUUCCUCCAAAAUUCAUAUUCAUCAAAGGUUUAGAGCCCCUACAUAGUUUGAUUGUGACCCUGAUGGUUCCAGCCAAGGCGGCAUUUGCCCUGUUUGAACUUUCAGAAGUUGAGAAGUCUAUAUUACAGAGCCUGAGAAUCGACUCAUUUGGGGUGGGGGACAAACGUGUGGUUCUGGCAAAUUUCAAAUUUGAAAAAGCGGCCUCUCUUAGUGAAAAAGACGAAAUACAGCGUAUUUUGAAGAAGAAGGAGCUACUAACAUCAGAACUGGACAAAAGCCAGGCGAGGCUAAUAGAACGAGGCAAAAAACUCUCGUCUUCAGAGGAAGAACUGGCCGAAGUAAAGAUCACCAGUGACCAGCUCAAACUGGCCAAUGACCAUGCCAUGAUGAUUUUGGCCACACUUGUAUAUCAAGAUCUAGCUCACAAUUCCAGCCCUACUGAUUCUCUCAGCAGGCUCAGCAUCCUUACCUAUUUUAAAUUUUGUCUUAACAAAUUCCAGAUACAAUACCCAGAGGCAGCAGAUCAUGUUGGAGAUUUGCUGGAUGCAAAUGCUUUGGUGGUGCGAAAAACAGAGAGAGAUCUUCAUAAGAACUAUGUAGAACGAUUACAGAUCCACCAAUUAGCUUUAGAAUACAGGUGUCAGACUGUGCAGCCCGUAUACACCCUUAGUGACCAUCUGUUCCAGCGACCGUCUGAGGCUGUUCGCCGGCAGUUCAUCAACACCAAAACUCAACAACAAUUAUUUCGGUCGUUUACUCAUGCGCAAACUCCGGGUAAUCAACAUAAAACCACCACCUCUAGGAAGAAACUUUUUGAUAGAAGGACAGAUAGACCAGUACCUUCCACGCAUCCGUACCACAGUGCUCUCAAGGAAAUCUCCUUAAAACUCAAAGAAACUCAAAAGGAGAAACUCCUCGGCAACUUACGCUUUAAUAAGGUUGAAGAAUGUGAGGUUGCCAAGCAACCAGAGAAGUUCUUACAAUUACUGUUUGAAAAAGAGCUGGGUGCGAUACCAGCUGAUCCUUGUGAACAUGUCCUGAAAAAGCUUCGUUUAACAGGAGAUCAAGAUUUACAGGUCUCUGCUAACAAACUUUUAUCAAAACGUAAAGGUGAUUUGAAUAAAGACGCAGAUAACUCAAGCUCUUCAGGCCUCAAUGUCUUGGGAAGAAGAAGACCUGAUCAGUCGUCCGAUACUGACCAGUCCCCACAUGUUGCCAAACAAAUGGAACAAAGGGAAGAUAAGUCUGGUGUCUCAGAUUCAAAGAAAACACCAAAUUUAUUUUCUAAAACUAUGUUCAAGCCAGGUAAGAGGGAUAUCAGAGAUGUGAUUGCAGGGGCUGCUACUCCUGGGGAUGAUGGUUCACAACAUACUUCCGAGCUGGACAUUCGAGGUGUACAUAAAAGCGCCAGCGAAUCGGCCCUUCGCCGUCUUGAUUCAAAUGACGAAAUGCAUGAAAAGUUGAACAAACUCUUGUCGGAGAUUGAGUGGGUAAAAAUAAUGCUGCAAAACCAAGCAAUGCAUCAAUCCCCUGUGGGAAUGGGUGCAAAAUGGUUUCCUGCAACUCCAACAGAGUUUUGAAGUGUGUUUCCCUAUAUUAACCUUUUCUGCACUGUAGACCAUAAUAGACUCAUCCAGAUCAAUGCAUGGUAGAGUCUACUAAAGUUACAUAGGGGUGAAAGGAUUGAAAUGUAGUGUUAUAUUGGAGCACCAAUACUUCAGAUACUUUCGUUCCCAGGAAAAGUUGCUGGAUUGUGAGAGGUCUGGAUUAGUGAUACGUUACACGCUGUUGUAACAGCCCGUUCAUUACCCCCGCUUAAAGUUACCCUGUGGAAAGAAGCAGUUAACUGGUUUCUUCCCCAGGAAAUCUUUCAGGUGGGGUAAAGAAAUGUCUACAGCUACAUGUACAGCUAGUGACAUACAAUGUACAGUAAGAUCUGUCAAUUUCAAGAGAUCAUGUAUUUAAGAGCUUGGCUGUUCAAUGCCUCUAUACAGAUUGUUCUCCUAAUGAAAUUAAUAUCAUAAAAGAAUUGAUGUAGCCUUAGAUGAUAGAUUUCAUUGUUCUAAUUAAUAUCUGUUUAUUUUUACUAAAAAAUGAAUACUUACCGGUAAAUAUCAGCAAUUGUGUUUUAUAUACUUAUCUAGAAUUAUUUUAACCUGUAAAUGUACUUCUUUCAGCAGUGAUACUAUUUUAGCAGUUCUUGUGCCAGUUAAAAUGUACAAAACUUUGGCAAGUUUUCUGUUUGCAAUAUUUUUUGUGAUAUAUGAAGGUCAAAGUUUUUUACUCAUCAACCCCAAAGACACAUUUGAGCUCUUCCUAUUCAAAGGUUGGAAUAGUCCAUUAUGAAAUGUCAGGGGUGAAUGAGUUGAUUAUGUUCAUUAAUGUGCCAAGUUGUUUCAUUAUCACUACCCUGGUUUUUGCUUUGAGGAUGUAUCAAUACUUCGGUCUGACCUAGAUUUACAUGACAGGUGUUAUCUAUGAAGCAGAAGAUGCUUACCCCUCGGAACACCUAUUGUCCUUCGUUGUCCCUUUUCAAAGAUCUCCAUGUACAUUUUUCUUUCGAUUAUGUUUUGCUACAGUUUUAUCAAUUUUCAUUUUGAAUAGCUGUUUUAUUUACUUGUUUUCUGUGAUUGUUUUUACCUCAACUCUGACAAUGCCUCAGAAAUUAGGAAACCUAUAGUAUAUUUAAAAAGCCUCGUCAUUAUCAUCACAUAUAUAUACAUUUUGUAUGAUAUAAGCUUUUUGUUGAAUUUUAUCAAUUUUAUUAUUGCUGACUAAUAAAGAAUUAAUGUACGUGAUAGACCUAGCUUUCCAUAUCAACCAAAGAUAUACCAGCUGAUUAUACAAUCAUCAACAAUGGUAUUCAUGUUGCAAAAACUGUAUGUGUCAUUAAUCUUAUCAGGUACCUGAUCAUGAGCAUGGCACGUAACUCUUGUCAAAAAAGAGUUCCACUAAAGGCAGAUAAUCCUGGAUGAUAGAUGUUACGUUAUGUAAACUUUAUUAAUUGAUUGAUAAAACAUUGGGAAUGUAACAUAAUUACAUACAUAGAUAGUGCUCAGAUGAGUUUAAGUCAGGAACUAAAUAUAUUGCUAAGAACUCUGAUUCACCCAUGAAAACACAUUUGAACUCUUCCCAUUCAAAGGUUGGAAUAGUUCGUUAUAAAAUUUCAGGGGUGAAUUUGGAAAUAUACAAAUAGCAAGAUGGCAAAAUGGACUUCAAGAAUAAAGCUUCUGUUGAAGUACGGAGACGACUUUAUCACGUUAUCUUCAGAAGAUUUACUGCAGCUACCUUUCAUCAUUUUAGUGUGAUGGUUUUUAUCGAUAUAUUUACUCAUGAAAUAUCAAAUUAUUUCAGUUUAAUUUAGUAAUUUUAUGAUUAACUGACUUAGAAAUUUGUUUGAAAUGUUUUGUUCUGUUGUUGUCUGUUUUCGUUCCACAAAUAAUAUUUAUGGUAAAGUUGUUAAUAUUUUAUACUUGCUAAUGAUAUUGUUUAAAAAAAAAAAAAAAAAUGAUCUUCAGAAAUACAAUCAAACCUAGAGACAACUCGGCUAAGAGACCACCUCUAUAAAAGUCCAGAUUGAAGUCAUUUUCAUGUUAACUUUUACAGUAUUUCCUCUGUAUGUAGGAGAUUUGUUUUUGGCUCGUUAUUUUCCCUCAAAAUAAAGAUGAAUGGGGGCUGUGAGAGGGGAAAUUGUGAAUGAAGAACUAUGUGUAAUAUAUGACCAUAACGGUGAAACUG